UUUAUUACGUCUCUGUUUCUCAAUAUACAUACGCAUUACGCACCUGUGCAUAUAUGCUAUGCUAGAAGUUUUUCAAUCUCCAUCUAGUCUGCAAUAGUAACAUACAUUUUACACAUCUGUAAUUGCUUAAACGCUCAUUUAUUAUUGACAAAUAUUUUAAAAUGAUGUCGAUCGGUGCAUUAACUUUACAUGAGAAGCUUCUGUUUGAGUAUAACAUAACUAUCGGUUUUUCAACUUUAAAAAGAAAAAUGAGAGAAAAUACAGGGUGAACAAAAAGUUUGCUGUUUUCAAUGAAAAUCGUCUGCUGUACUAUGUCAAACUAUUCAGCUAAAAUUCUCGUGGGAAUAAUAAUAAGACAUUUACGUCACAAAAUAAUCAAGAAAUCACCUACGUCGUUAUCAUGUAAACGGGAAACGAUAUAGGAUCAGUCAAUAGACGCUUAAUACAUAUCUUAAGCUUUGAUUCCGAAAAAAUCACCUUGAGGUUUAAGAAGAUUAAAAUUCAAUCACACUCUCUCAGUGGUAUCUACUAAAUUUUAUUUAAAAAUAUGCUUUGAUAUGCAUAGCCAGUCAAUUGACCCCGAAAGUGAGGAAACAUUGAUAAGCCAAGAUGUAAGUAUCACAGAAGCUGAGAACAUCCAUUCAGUAUUUCGUAAAACUUCAAGACAUAAUACAGGGCUAAUAAGAAGCAAAACUCUUAAGACAGUAAUUUAAAAUAUAUUUUACGCUGUGAUGAAUUUAUUGUUUCUAGUGCCAUGGUUUAAGUGUAUCAACUCAGUUUAAAAUAUUUUCAUUUAUAAUGGAAAGUUUAGGAGGAGUGAGUUAUCCAGUUUUGAAAUCAUUUAUAGCUGGGUCAUUCUCUGGUACCUUUUCCACACUUUUGUUUCAACCUCUUGAUUUGAUUAAAACAAGAUUACAAAAUAAAGUCAAUCAUCAUGUAGGAAAUCAAAAAAGUGGUAUGAUGUCAACAACAAUAUCUAUCAUUCAAAAAGAAAAUAUUUUUGGAUUAUGGAGAGGAAUCACUCCUUCUAUGACAAGAGUUAUUCCAGGGGUGGGACUAUAUUUUUCAACUUUACAUUGGCUUCAAAGCACUUUAGACUUAUCAGAUCCAAUUACACCUGCACAAGCUAUUUCUCUAGGAAUAACAGCUAGAACUAUAUCAGGCGCAUUACUAAUUCCAAUAACAGUAGUGAAGACAAGAUUUGAGAGUGGUGUGUAUAAAUAUAACAGCAUUAGUGAAGCUCUUAGACUCAUACACAAGCAUGAAGGUAUUAGAGGACUUUCAAGUGGCCUUAUUCCAACACUUUUACGUGAUGCACCAUACAGUGGAUUAUACUUGAUGUUUUAUACUCAGUUAAAAAAUUUAACAUCUAGAGAAUUUCCGCGGUAUAGUGAAUUGCCAGCUACUCACUUCAGUUGUGGAAUUAUGGCUGGUAUUUUUGCGUCAAUUGUAACACAUCCUGCAGAUGUUAUUAAAACUAAAAUGCAACUGUAUCCAGAAGAAUUCAAAAGCCUCAAAAGAUCUUUUAUCUUUGUAUAUAACAAUCAUGGGAUUUUAGGAUAUUUCAAAGGCAUUGUACCUCGUAUGCUUAGGAGGACACUAAUGACUUCAAUGGCUUGGACUGUUUAUGAGCAAAUCACAAGAAAUAUUGGUUUAAAAUAACUUAAUGGUUAAGACAAAACCGUUUGCAGUAUUGUUCUGUUGAUAGUUUGAUUUAUACAUUUGUAAAUUGAAUUUAUUGUAAAUAUUCACCUACUACUUAUAAGUGCCUUUUUAUUAAGAUUUUAUGACACAUU